GGCGGUGGUGGUGGCUGCGCGCGCGGGCGCGCGCGGGCGACCGGGAAACGCUGCGAGGGCCUCGGCAGGCCAGGGGGCAGGGACGGCAGACGGAGACGAUGGCUGCGGCGGCGGGCGGCGGCGGGUCGGGGGUGGUAGCGGGCUCUGCGGGCGUGGGGGGCGCGGCGGCGGCCGUGGGCCUGGCAGUUUAUCGGCGGAAGGACGGGGGUCCGGCCAGCAAGUUUUGGGAGAGCCCGGAGACGGUGUCCCAGCUGGAUUCGGUGCGGGUUUGGCUGGGCAAGCACUAUAAGAAGUAUGUUCAUGCAGAUGCUCCUACCAAUAAGACACUGGCUGGACUGGUGGUGCAGCUUCUCCAGUUCCAGGAAGAUGCCUUUGGGAAGCAUGUUACCAACCCUGCCUUCACCAAACUCCCUGCAAAGUGUUUCAUGGAUUUCAAAGCUGGAGGCACCUUGUGUCACAUUCUUGGGGCUGCUUACAAAUAUAAAAACGAGCAGGGAUGGCGGAGGUUUGACCUACAGAAUCCAUCUCGAAUGGAUCGUAAUGUUGAAAUGUUUAUGAACAUUGAAAAAACAUUGGUGCAGAACAAUUGUCUGACGAGACCCAACAUCUACCUCAUUCCAGACAUUGAUCUGAAGUUAGCUAACAAAUUGAAAGAUAUCAUCAAACGACAUCAGGGAACAUUUACUGAUGAAAAGUCAAAAGCUUCCCACCACAUUUAUCCAUAUCCAUCUUCACAAGAAGAUGAUGAAUGGUUGAGACCGGUGAUGAGAAAAGAUAAGCAGGUUUUAGUGCAUUGGGGUUUUUACCCCGACAGUUAUGACACUUGGAUCCAUAGUAAUGAUGUUGAUGCUGAAAUUGAAGAUCCACCAAUUCCAGAAAAGCCAUGGAAGGUUCAUGUGAAAUGGAUUUUGGACACUGACAUUUUCAAUGAAUGGAUGAAUGAGGAGGAUUACGAGGUGGACGAGAACAGGAAACCUGUGAGUUUUCGUCAGCGAAUUUCAACAAAGAACGAAGAGCCAGUCAGAAGUCCAGAGAGAAGAGAUAGAAAAGCAUCAGCUAAUGCUCGAAAGAGGAAACAUUCUCCUUCACCUCCCCCUGCCACACCCACAGAAUCACGAAAGAAGAGCGGGAAAAAAGGCCAAGCUAGUCUUUAUGGGAAACGCAGAAGUCAGAAAGAGGAAGAUGAGCAAGAAGAUCUUACCAAGGACAUGGAAGACCCAACACCUGUACCCAAUAUAGAGGAAGUGGUACUCCCCAAAAAUGUAAAUCCAAAGAAAGAUAGUGAAAAUACACCUGUUAAAGGAGGAACCGUAGCGGAUCUAGAUGAGCAGGAUGAAGAAACAGUCACAACAGGAGGAAAGGAAGAUGAAGAUCCUAGUAAAGGUGAUCAGAGUCGGUCAGUUGACCCUGGUGAAGAUAAUGUGACAGAGCAGACCAAUCACAUUAUUAUCCCCAGCUAUGCAUCAUGGUUUGAUUAUAACUGUAUUCAUGUGAUCGAACGGCGUGCUCUUCCUGAGUUUUUCAAUGGAAAAAAUAAAUCCAAGACUCCAGAAAUAUACUUGGCAUAUCGAAAUUUUAUGAUUGACACGUAUCGCCUAAACCCCCAAGAAUAUUUAACCAGCACUGCUUGUCGGAGGAACUUGACUGGAGAUGUGUGUGCUGUGAUGAGGGUUCAUGCCUUUUUAGAGCAGUGGGGUCUUGUUAAUUACCAAGUUGAUCCGGAAAGUCGACCCAUGGCAAUGGGACCUCCUCCUACUCCUCAUUUCAAUGUAUUAGCUGAUACCCCCUCUGGGCUUGUGCCUCUGCAUCUUCGAUCACCUCAGGUGCCUGCUGCUCAGCAGAUGUUAAAUUUUCCUGAGAAGAACAAGGAAAAACCAAUUGACUUGCAGAACUUUGGUCUUCGUACUGACAUUUACUCGAAGAAAACAUUAGCAAAGAGUAAAGGUGCUAGCGCUGGAAGAGAAUGGACCGAACAGGAGACCCUUCUACUUCUGGAGGCCCUGGAGAUGUACAAGGAUGAUUGGAACAAAGUGUCAGAACAUGUUGGAAGUCGUACUCAGGAUGAAUGCAUCCUCCACUUUUUGAGGCUUCCCAUUGAAGACCCAUACCUUGAGAAUUCAGAUGCUUCCCUUGGGCCAUUGGCCUACCAGCCUGUUCCCUUCAGCCAGUCAGGAAACCCAGUCAUGAGUACUGUUGCUUUUUUGGCAUCUGUGGUGGACCCACGUGUGGCAUCUGCUGCAGCAAAAGCAGCUCUGGAGGAGUUUUCUCGGGUACGAGAGGAGGUACCACUGGAAUUAGUCGAAGCUCAUGUCAAGAAAGUACAAGAAGCAGCGCGAGCCUCUGGGAAAGUGGAUCCCACCUAUGGCCUGGAGAGCAGCUGCAUUGCAGGCACAGGUCCUGAUGAACCAGAGAAGCUUGAAGGAGCUGAAGAGGAGAGAAUGGAAACAGACCCUGAUGGUCAGCAGCCUGAAAAGCCAGAAAACAAAAUGGAAAAUGAAACGGAUGAAAGUGAUAAAGCACAAGAUGGAGAAAAUGAAAAAAAUAGUGAGAAGGAACAGGAUUGUGAACUUAGUGAGGAUACCAAAUCAGAAGAAAAGGAGACUGAAGAAAACAAGGAACUCACUGAUAUAUCCAAAGAAAGAGAAAGUGAUUUUGGGAAGAAGAAAGUAGAACAUGAAAUUUCUGAAGGAAAUGUUGCCACAGCCGCAGCAGCUGCUCUUGCCUCAGCUGCUACUAAAGCCAAGCACCUAGCUGCCGUGGAAGAGAGAAAGAUCAAGUCCCUGGUAGCUCUCCUGGUUGAGACACAAAUGAAGAAACUAGAGAUAAAACUUCGACAUUUUGAGGAGUUGGAAACUAUCAUGGACAGAGAGAAAGAGGCUCUAGAACAACAGAGGCAGCAGUUGCUUACUGAACGCCAGAACUUCCACAUGGAACAGCUGAAAUAUGCAGAAUUACGAGCCCGACAGCAAAUGGAACAGCAGCAGCAUGGCCAAAACCCUUCCCAGGCACACCAGCACUCAGGAGGCCCUGGGCUGGCCCCACUUGGAGCAACAGGGCACCCCGGCAUGAUGCCUCAUCAGCAGCCCCCACCCUAUCCUUUGAUGCACCACCAGAUGCCACCACCUCAUCCACCCCAGCCAGGUCAGAUACCAGGCCCAGGUUCCUUGAUGCCUGGCCAGCCCAUGCCAGGCCGCAUGAUUCCCACCGUUGCAGCCAACGUCCACCCCUCUGGGAGUGGCCCUACCCCUCCUGGUAUGCCUCCAAUGCCAGGAAACAUCUUAGGACCCCGAGUACCCCUCACAGCACCUAAUGGCAUGUAUCCCCCUCCGCCACAGCAGCAGCCACCACCACCACCACCUGCAGAUGGGGUCCCUCCGCCUCCUGCUCCAGGCCCACCAGCCUCAGCUGCUCCUUAGCCUAGAAGAUGCAGGGAAUAUCCACACCCACCGCCACAAGCUAGAGUGGGAAUGACAAGACUUGUGUUCCUCAGCUUCCCUGGGUUUCUUUUAGGAUUUUUCUUCUCACUGCCCCAAGCAUGCGUCCACUCCUCUUGCCACCCCUGUCCAUGCUCUGACACCUCUUGUGUCAGGUUCUCAGCCAAUACUCAAGGGGAGGCCUGUGGUGACAUUGUGCCCUAGUCAUCCUAUAAAUAACUUGCAUCUUCCCUGCCCUGCUGUUGGGGGUAUGUUGACAGUUUGUCAGCAGGUCUGUCAACAUUAGUAUUCCAUGUCUUUAUCAUUUUUGCUCUCCUGCAGUUUUUUGCUUUGUCUUAUGCUUCUGUGGAUAAUAAUUGUUAUCUCUCUCUUUUUUUUUUCUCUGUUGUCAUUAUUAUUUUAAAGGAGAGCAUCCUAAGUUAAUAGGAACCAAAAAAUGGUGAUGGGCAGAAGGGGAUAGCCACAGGGGAUGAACCUUAAGGCAUUAUAAGUGACCUUAUUUCUGCUUAUCUGAGCUAAGAAUGGUGCUGAUGGUGAAUUUUCAUGAGACUUUUGCCACACAUAAAUGCACCAAAAUUAAAAGAGAUGGGGAAGGGGAACCCCAUGGAUUCUGUUUCCUAACGAGGACUGUGAGGGCCUUAACCUGCCUGGCAGAAUACUAGUUUUAACCUACUUUAACUAGUAUGUGGUAGAGGAGAGCACAAACAUUAAAACAAAUCCACUCCUUCCCCAGGCCCAUGGGUUCUGGUUUUCUAUGCAGGUGAUUUGUUGGAUUGGGGAUGGGUGUUUUGUUUUUCUGAGGGCAGUGUGACCUUUAAGGGUUGGAAUAUUGGGAGGCAUUCCUUAGUUCCCUAGACUAGCCAGGAAAUUUUUAAGAGUCUAGGGUAAUGGCCCUCCAGUGAAUCUACCCUAUUCACUGCUUUGUAUGCAUUUUUUUCUCUUUAAAAAACCCUUUAAAAGAUUAAAAAAAAAAAAAAAAAAAGUAGAUAGUGCUAAACAUUUUAGCUCAUGGAACUUGGUUAGAAUGGAUAGGGGUACAAGUCCCCAAACUACCUCUUGGAGUAGCCAAGUGAGUGGAAUUUCAUGAAACGGUACUUUAGGUUUGGGAUGGGAUUGGAAAAGUGGGGUAGGAUCAUCGGCCUCUCGUACCUUUUUCCUUCCCUUUCUGAGAUCUCACAUUCCAUCUAUCACAGGGUUGUCAGGGAGAUACUGAGGGUACCAAGGAACUCACUUGGCAGGCAGAGCAUCAUGCUUUGAGUUUUGGGGUGCUCAGGCUGGGAAGGUGGAAUGUCAUUCCAGAGGAAGAGACACAAAAAUGCCUUAAUUUGAGGCCAUAUUUACCCCUGCCGAUGAGUGACUUGAGAGUUCUCAGUUUUCUCUUGUCCUUCUCUCCCUUCUAUCCUUCCAUGAGUGGGGAAAGGAUGCUUUUAGUAGGUCUUGGUUUCCAGAGCACCUGGCUUCUUCACUUUACAUUCUGAAGUGGCAGUUUUAUUAUUUAGAAUGCAAGGUGGGACAUCUUUUGGAUAUCUUUUUCUAUAUAUUUUCUAAAGCUUUACAUAUGAGAAGGUAUAGGGGGGUGUUUAUAAAACACCUUAGAACUUUUUUCCUUAAUAUCAGAAAGCAAAAAAAUAAAACCACAAUUGAGAUUUACCUUUCAAACCCUCAGGUUUGCCUCUUACCAGGUGGCCCUGGUCACCAUCAGAGUACUGGAAUGCUGGAACCGAGGAGAACUUGUUCCUUUUGUGUGUUAGUUCUGGACUUUUGCAGUUGAAAUGGAAAUGUGCUUGUUCCUACUGGAGUUUAGUUCCAUUGCAUAUGUCUCCAGAAAGAUGCCAGUGCCUUUUGACAAUGACCAGGGUUUUCCCUAUUUCCCGCCAGUCUUUCCCAAAGGAAACUUGUUCCAAAUGAAUUAGGAUUUCUUACCUUUUCCCCUGGAGUAUUAGAAGGAAAAUGUAAUUCUCGUUCAUACUGUGGUCCCUUGUAACCUCAGGUCUUUAAUGUGAUCACUGUCAAAUGUAAAAGAUCCAGGUGGAAAUAUUUUUACUAUGCUGGUAAUAAUCCUACAAAAUACCUGAAUUCUUAACACUGUUAGUUUAAGUGGUGACAUUUUCUUUUCAUGUCUUUAAUCUGGUUUUAUUCCUGUAAUACAACCACCCAAUUUUGUGAGGGGGCGGGGAAUAAUAUGUGGUUUUUGUACAAACAUAUUUCUCAGUGUGUUAUUUUGGAAAAAUGAGGGGAGGGAAUUUUGAGAGAUUGGAGGGAAUGGCUGAAGAAAACUUAGUCUCCCUUUUUUUCAGUGAAUAAAUGGAACACCAUUGCUGGA